AUGGCUACUGUCUUCCCCCGUGACGCUGGCGUCUCCACGCCGGAAGCCGACGAGGCUAAGAAAAUCUACGAGGAAGCACGGAGAGUGGUGUCCACCUACGAGACCGUUCCCAGCGGAGCCCUGCGGGAUUACUGCCGCCACCCGGGCGGCUGGCACAUGAUCAUGCCGGUCAUGGUGAGCUCCAUGGUCGCAGAGCAGCACUUUGAGGCGCGUGGCACCGACGUGCUCCUUGUUACGAUGCCCAAGUGUGGGACUACCUGGAUCAAAGCCCUCCUCUAUGCUGCGGCCCGCCGCACCGACGACACAUCGUCCAUACUCCGGCAGCUCGCCUCCCACAACUCCCACCAGCUCGUUCCUUUCCUCGAGGCCCAGGUCUACACCAAGGACCAGAUCCCCGACCUCAGCUCGCUUCCAGCGCCACGGCUCUUCGCCUCGCACAUCCCGGCUGAGUCUCUGCCACCCUCCGUUGUGGCGUCGGGCUGCAAGGUGGUGUAUUUGUGUCGGGACCCCAAGGACUGCUUUGUGUCUCUCUGGCACUUUAUGAGCAAGUUCACCCCACGGGACAUCGACGAGGCACACGACCAGUUCUGCAACGGCGCCUCAUUGUAUGAGCCGUUCUGGGAGCACGUGCUGAGCUACUGGCGGUGGCACAUUGAGAGACCGGGACAGGUGCUCUUCCUGACUUACGAGGAGCUCAAUGCCAACCCGCUCGGCCAGCUGAGGCGCCUUGCUGAGUUCAUCGGGCGCCCCUUCAGGGGAGCAGGAGGCCGGAGUGGACAGGAAGAUCACGGAGGCAUGUGCCAUGAAGAGCAUGGUCAACCAGGAGGUGAACCAGUCGGGUACGACCGAAAUAAUUGA